AUGCUUGCCAACCGGCCGGCCGAGGCAGAGUCGGUCUCGCAGGCCCACAGCGUCAGUCCAAAGACGCAGAGAUGGGGCAGCAUCAAGCAGAGGCUCAGCAACAGCAUGCACCCCAGCGACGGAGUCGAUGACGAGAUGUGGGACAAGAACGACGCCGCGUUUCUGCAAGAGGUCGCCCGGGACUCUCCACUGAUCGCGUCCGAUGCCUUCGACACGUUGAUGCCCCUCGAGGCUGGCUACGCCAGGCCGGCUUCGAUGUCGUCGCCCCGGCUCUCGGUCGACCACCUGUAUAGGUCCCCGACGGGCAGGCCAUCGUCUUCCAACACGUCGACCUCGACCUCAUCGGCCUCGACCGCUUCGUCUGGCCACGACGACUUCCUCUCUUCGAAAAGUUGGAUCAAGAACGUCAAGCGACGUGGGUCGGCGGCCGCCGCGGGCGGGAUGCUGCCGGACCUUCCAGAACAGCCGCGACCGGACUCGGCCUGCGGCUUCGACGACCUUCGCUCCCCCGCUGGGACCCUGGACCACCUCUCGUCUCCGAUUCACGUCGCCAGCAGCAACCGCAGCAGCUUUCGGUCGAGCCCUGCUUCCAGUCAGGGAGACGGAGUGGACAGCGGGCCGGCGCGGCCACUCGUGGCGGACAUGUACCCGCGCUCGCCGUCGCUGCAAGGCUCGCCCUCGCCCUCGAUGCCUGCGAUCGCCUUUCGCCCUUGCUGGGACGACCGGCAGCACGACGGCAAGGCUCGCAUCGAUCUUGCAAGGUCUCCGCCGGCCCACCUGGUCGAGGUGCGCAUGGCGAGCGCUGCGCCUGCCGCCAUCACCCUCGCCGAGCAGCACGCCGCGGUCGCUCCCGCCUCGCUGAUGGAGGCGGUCGAGGAUGACCACCUGGCCAGCUCGCCGAGGUUUCAGUCUUCCGGCACGCUGAGGAGGGGCGCUGUCAGCCCGGAACUUUCGAACAGGCCGUUUGCGCCAUCGACGACCGGCCGCAGGCGCUCGAUCGCUAGCCUGCUGGCCUCGCCCCAGCACAGGGACGCUCGGUGGGCUGAUGCCGACGAUCUGGGACGCCCGCUCGGUGAGGCGCAUCACGACGCUUUCGCAGGCCCGUCGGUCCGAAGGCACCAGCGAUCCGGCAGCAGCCUCGUCGCCGGGCUCAAGAAGCUCAUGGGUCGGAGGGAGCGGGAGCGGGAUCCGAGGCCGGGAUCCUCGUCGGGUUCGCCAAUGACGACCUCAACCGCGGGUGAAGGUUUCCGUGCACCCUCGUUUGGAACGGUGGGACGCCGAGUUGCCGAAGACGUCCAUGUCGUCGGCCGCAUGCCGUCGGUCGACGAUGCGCAGGUACGCGGGCUCAAUCUGGUCGGCGUUCCGCUGUCGAUCUCGACGCCCGCCGGUCUGAGCGAGACAUCUCCGCAGAAGACGAUCCGUGCGACCCGUCGUUCACCCUCGGUCGACAUCCUCCGCUCCUUUGCCGGCUUCGGUCCGGCGCAUGUUGCCUCGGAUGCGCCGGCGCCGCGCUUCCCGUCGACGUCUGCUCCGGACGAUGUCGCUGCCUCUGCCGCGCGAAGCAGGACCAAGAGUUCGGACGGCCUGGGCCGACCCUUCCGCGAGUCGAUCUCGCAGCGCAUCCGUACCCAGAGCUCCGUCGGACAAUCGCUCUCGCGGGCACAGGCCCGCAGCAGCGUCAUCGAGCACAUCUCGUUCGACGAGGCGCAAAAGACGACCGGCAGCUCCGGGCCGAUCAUACUGCGGUCCAAGGAGAGCCUCGAGGAGCUGCGCUCGCAGCACGAUGGCCAGGACGCCGACCACGAGUACGUCGCUCCCGUCCUGUCGCCCACCCGACCUCGCCGUCCGAGCAGCCCGCAGUCGUCACGCUUCUCGGUCGACACCUGCAGCACGACGGGCGCCGGCGCCGGCGCCAGUGUCAACGGCGGGGCCGGUUUCGAUGCAGCCCUCCGACCUGCGCCGGCCUGCUUCGGCUUCCACUCGCAGGUCUACAAGGCUCCGGUUCGCGAGUACGCCUCGGGUCGCGCGACGCCCUCGAGCCCGUCGUUGCUCUCGUUUGGCUCUCAAUUGACCGACACCACCACUGGCGGCAGCGGCAGCGAAGCGCACGGGCGCGCGGCCAACGGCGCCGCCGACGCACACCGUCUCGUCCACGGAUCCCGCCGCUCGCUCAGCAGCCUGGGCUCGAGGCCGUGGUCCAACCUGCUCGGCUCACCCAUCCUCUCGGGCUCCAGCUCAUCGUUCUCGCACCACAAGAGGCUUUCGACGGCAUCAAUCUCGCGCCCGCUCUCAGUCGCCUCGUCGGCCUUCUCCGACCCCAACGACAUCGCCGCCGACAUGCAGGACCUCACCCUCGUCCCGCGCAACCGCUUCGACUCGAAUGCAUCCGAGCCGAUGCUCCACCAGAUGUACACCGCACCGCCGCGUCCGGGCCAGCAGGCGGUCCGGUCACGCCGCAUCGGCCCGGACUCGCGCAGGCCCAUGACGAGCGGCAGCAUGACGCCCAGCUCGACCGCCUCUACGCCGCGCUUCGAGAGUCCGCUGCAGCGGUCGUCCUCGGUCAAGACGUUCCACAAGGCAAAGGCCGUUGGCGGCAGCAGCGGCAACAGCACCAGCGCCGGGGACAGCAAGGACAGCAGCGACCACGGUCACGGCCCCACCAUGUCCGCACACGACGGGCUGCGCGACCUCAGGACGAUGAGCACAGCCUCGUUCGCCCGCCGGAAGCGGCCGUCGUUUGGCCUUGCCAUCGAGCCCGCGGCCUCAUCUGCGUUCGACAGCAUUCCGAGCCCGUUGCUGCGGACUCGCAGGCCUUCGGUGCCCGAGGUGGAUGCCGACAUACCCAUCUCGCCGCGACCGAGGGCCUACGGCGAUGACGGUGAGGCCGAGCUGGAGUUCCUGCAGGACCGACCGGCUCCCUCGAUCCAUGCCGCGGUGGUCUCGACGAUCGGCGUUGUUGGCGCGGGCGCCAGCUUUGGCAGGACGGCUCCAUCGGCAGAUGCGCCCAACUUUGAACGCUACUACAUCCAUUCCGUCGACGAAGAUGGCCCCACCCGCAGCGACGGCGGCCGAUUGAGCCAGGCGACCAAGGACCUCGCCUUCGGCUCGAUCGCGGGCAUGUGCAGCAAGGUGUUCGAGCAUCCGUUUGACCUGGUCAAGGUGCGCCUGCAGACGCAGGCUUCGGACCGUCCCCCUCGGUACAGCGGCGCCUUCGACUGCUUCCGCCAGACGUACCGAGGCGAGGGUUUCCGCGGCCUCUACCGCGGCCUCUCGAUGCCCGUCUUUGGCGCGACGCUCGAGAAUGCCUGCCUGUUCUUCACCUACAACAGGAUCCAGUCGGUGAUCCGGUCCGUGACCGGCCAGCAGGGCGCGUCGGGCUCGUCGAUCCAGGCCGACGCCGACUCACCGCUGUCGUUUCCGCAGCUGGCCAUCGCCGCCGCCGGCGCUGGAGCCGCGACCAGCCUGGUCCUGACGCCGAUCGAGCUCAUCAAGUGCAAGAUGCAGACUGGCACGCUGCUGCGCGAGACGGGCGGCGGCGUUGCGUGGUUCCUCGCGUUUGAGAGCUGCUCGCGCUGGUUCAUCCAGCGCAAGAAGGCGCUGCGUGGGCGGGACGACGUCUCGAAGCGCGACCUAGGCACGCUGGAGCUCGUCUCGGCCGGAGCGCUGGCGGGCAUCAGCUACAACGUUGUCCUCUUCCCCGCCGACUCGGUCAAGUCGACGAUGCAGACCGAGCUCGAGAUGCGCGCGCCGCUCAAGCCGGGCGAGGCGGCGCGUCCCAAGACGGGCUUCUUCCAGACGUUCCGCAACAUCUACAGCGCCCGGGGCAUCAAGGGCCUCUACGCCGGCUGCGGCGUCACCUGCCUGCGCAGCGCUCCCAGCAGCGCCCUCAUCUUCCUGAUGGUCAACAAGCUCGAGCAGGCCGCCGACCACUAUGGCCUGUGA